UCGGUGGAGGACCUGAAGGCCGAGAUGGCGGCGAGGUGCGCGGAGGUGCUGGCAGCCGUGCGUGAUCGGGGCGGCGGGGCCGCCGCGGGUGGCGCUGCCGGAGUUGCACCAGCGCCCGGGUAUGGGGGCGCGCGUGCAGCUGCCGGCGUGACGCCGGCGCCCAUGUACGGGGCGCGAGUGCGGGUUACGGGCUCCACCGCGUGGAAUCGAGUCCCGGGUUGCUGCAGGGCGCUGGUCGGUAUGGCAGUGGGGGCGGCUUGGCUUCACUCCCGCGAUUUCAUCGCCGUUUGGAGCGGGAGGCCUGAACAUGGACUCCGGGGGAUACGGGAUGGGAACGGGGACGUCGCACGCCCAGCGGCGGAUGGGAAAGGUGAUCUCGGACCAGCGGGUGAACGCUUGGAGCUCGGCGAGCAACCGCAUGUGAUGUUCGCGGACGAGAUGCAGCGGCGCUCGGACCAGCUGGAACGCCUGCGGGCGACCAUCAGCGAGUGGCCUCCCACACGCUGCUUUGCUUCUGAGUCCGAGUUGCGGGGGGUGGCCGCNGGGUACAAAGAGUCGGAGUCGGGUUCCCGUCUCAUGGGAGACGCUGUUGAAUGACAGCAGUUGACGGCGUCGUGGGGUACAGGUGGCCGCGUGUUGUGGCUGUGUUUGGCGUUGUCGUACUUCCUGGUGGCGCGUUCGGAUGAGGUUUUUGCCACACUGUCGGGGCAAUGCCACCAGGUGCAUUGUUUGCGGCGUAGCGACGUCGAAUUCUUUCAUGGGGAGGACGUGCUAGCCCCGUUGCACUGGCAUAUGGCCACAGGAGUUCGGGUUCGGUUUCGCGGCCACAAGGGGGAUCAGUCGGAGAAGGGGGCGUACGUUACACGAGUGCGCGAAGUAGCACGAGGCGCGAGUUCUCAGAUUGGAGCCGGUGGCGGUGCCGUGGCGGUGUUGGUGGAGUUGAUGGCGUGCCAUCUCGCGUUACCUGAGGACGCUCCUCUGUGUUCGUUUCGCUGUAGGAGAAGCAAGACGAUUAAGGUUUGGGGAUAUUCCAA